AUGUACAUCGAGGAAAUCGCAAUCGAGGGAUUCAAGUCGUACGCGCAGAGGACGGUGGUGCGCGACUUCGAUUCCAAGUUCAACGCCAUAACUGGCCUCAACGGGUCCGGCAAGUCAAACAUCCUCGACUCCAUCUGCUUCGUGCUCGGCAUCACCAACCUGCAGCACGUGCGCGCCAGCAACCUGCAGGAGCUGAUCUACAAGCAGGGCCAGGCCGGUGUCACACGUGCGACGGUCUCCAUUGUGUUUAACAAUCAUGACAAGGCCGGGAGUCCCGUGGGGUACGAGGACCAUGACCGCAUCACCGUUACCAGACAGAUCGUGAUCGGCGGGCGCAACAAGUACCUGAUCAACGGUCACGUGAAGCAGCCGAGCGCCGUGCAGACGCUCUUCCACUCCGUGCAGCUGAACGUGAACAACCCGCACUUCCUCAUCAUGCAAGGCCGCAUCACCAAGGUGCUCAACAUGAAACCCCCCGAGAUUCUCUCCAUGCUCGAAGUGGCCGCCGGCACGCGCAUGUACGAGAACAAGAAGGAGAGCGCUUUAAAGACGCUGGAGAAGAAGCAGACGAAGGUGGAGGAGAUUAAUAAGGUGCUGACGGAAGAGAUUCUGCCGCGGUUGGAGGGUCUGCGGCGGGAGCGCGCGCAGUACCAGGCGUGGCUGCAGGGGAACUCGGAUAUCGACAGGCUGAGUCGGUUUUGCGUAGCGUAUGAGUAUUUUCUCGCGGAGAAGGCGAAGAAUUCCGCAGUGGAGGUAGUGGAGAAGAUUAGGGAGAGUAUUGCGGAGCUGGCGAGGGUGGAGGAGGAGUGUCACGAGGCGAUAGUAACAAAGAAAGGGCUUAUAAAGGAGAUGCUGUUGGAGAAGGACCGGCAGAUGGGGGACGCGAUGAAGGAGGUGCAGGAGCGCGCGGAUAAGAUAGCCAAGGAGCUCGUUAAAGUCACAUCCGUUUGGAACAACAAGAGCGAGACGUUGGAAGCAGAGAAGAAGGCGCUCGAGCAGCUCGUCAAGAAACUGGCUGACAUGCGGAAAGGCUCGGAGGAACGAGCGGCUCAGAUGCAAUCCGCCGACGACGAGCUCGCAGCCGUCCAAUCAGAAGCCGACACGAAGGCCAAGGCGCUGGCAGACGCGGAGGAGGAAUACGCGGCGGUGCAGGCCGGUAAGACGGGGCAUCCGGGGGAAGACAAGACGAUGGCGCAGAAACUGUCGGAACUGAAAGCCGCGGCGGUGGAAGCGGCGACGGGGGGAAAGCAGGCGGCGCUGCGCGUGACGCACUUACGGAAGGAGGUGGCGGAGAAGGGGCGGCUGGUGGCGGGGAAGCGCAAGGCGGCGAGCGGGCUGGAGCAGCGGCUGGCGGGCAUGGCGGAAGAGGUCGCGCGGUGCGAGGCGGGGCUGCAGCGGCUAGGGCACGACGAGCAGCACUAUUCGGGUCUUGAGAAGUCCAAGGCGGAGAAGGAGGCGGCGGUGGGAGAGCUGCGGCAGAGAGUGGAGGGAGCAUCGCGCGAGCUGGGCGUGGGGUUCUCGUACAGCGACCCCGAGAGGGGCUUCGACCGCCGCAAGGUCAAGGGCGUGCUGGCGCGCCUCUUCCGCAUGCGCGACGCCUCCAUGGCCACGGCGCUCGAGGUGAGCUUCUGGGACGAUGAGGCGUGGUGGGGUGGUGGGAUGGUGGGGUGGUGGGAUGGUGGGGUGGUGGGAUGGUGGGGUGGUGGGAUGGCGGGAUGGCGGGAUGGCGGGAUGGCGGGAUGGCGGGUGGGAUGGCGGGAUGGCGGGUGGGAUGGCGGGAUGGCGGGUGGGAUGGCGGGAUGGCGGGUGGGAUGGCGGGAUGGCGGGUGGGAUGGCGGGAUGGUGGGAUGGCGAGCUGGUGAGGCGCAAGGCUUGGGCUGGCUUCGACCACCGUGGCUCUUCUGCAUGUGCGACACCUCCAUGUGCACCGCGCUUGGGGUGGUGGCGGGCGGCAGGCUGCACAACGUGGUGGUGGACUCGGAGCAAACGGGCAAGCAGCUGCUGAGCCACGGCCGCCUGCAGCGCCGAGUCACGCUCAUCCCACUCAACAAGAUCGACAGCCGCUGCAUCUCCCAGGCCAAGCUCAACAGGGCCAUCCAGCUGGUUGGCAAGGAGAACGUGUGGACUGCAAUCUCUGCCGUCGAUUUCGACCCUGAGCUCCAGCCUGCCAUGGCCUUCGCGUUUGGCAACACCUUCAUCUGCCGCGAUUCUGCCACGGCCAAGAAGGUGGCGUUCCACCCGGACGUCAUGACGCCCUGUGUCACGCUGGACGGCGACAGCUACAACCCGGGCGGGCUGCUCACUGGAGGGUCCAGGAGGGGGGGCGGUGUGCUGCUCUCGCGCCUGCACGCGGUGAAGGAGGACGAGGAGCAGCUGGCCGCGCUGGAGGCGCAGCUGCAGCAAGUGCUGGCAGAGGACACCCUUGCAGGGCCGCGCCUGUGGUGCGCCCCUCUUUCCUUCCUUGUUGCACUGCAGCAGAAGCGUCAGCAGUACAUUCCCGCAGCACCGGAUUCGCGUAUUGCCCUACAAGCGCUGUUGUUCAUUUGCCCCCUCGUGUGUCUCCCCGUGCUGCUUACCGCUCGCCAGCUGAGCGCCCUGCAGCAGCAGCGCCAGCAGUACGUGGAGCUGACGCAGCAGCUGCAGCUGAAGGCGCACCAGCUGUCCCUGGCGCAGGAACAGAUGAAGCAGAGCGAGCACCACCAGCUUGCAGAGGAGCUGGCAGCCCUCGAGGCUGAGCUGGCGGAGUGCGAAGCCACGUCAGCGGAGGCAGCAGGGAAGGAGAAGGGGCUGUUGGACGAGGCAGCAGCGCUGGAGAGGGAGAUGGAGCAGCAGGGGCGGGAGAGAGGGCAAAGGCUGAAGGCUCUAGAGGCCAAGGCGAAGGCAGCAAAGCAGCAGGCGGCUGCUGCGAGCAAGGCUCUCAAGGCGAAGCAAAACGAGAGGGAGCAGCUGGCGAUAGCAGUGGAGGCUUCGAGAGGCGAGGAGGCAGCAGCGCAGGAGCAGAUCAGUGCAGCAGAGGUGGAGGUGGGCAGGCUGCAGCACGAGGUGGACGAAGCUGCCAGGAAGGUGGCGGACGUUAAGGAGGAGUUGGAUGCGGUGCAGGGUGAUGUGGAGAGGCGGCAGAACGAGCUGCGGGCGUGCGAUGAGAGAAUGGCGGGCGUGGAGAGGGAGGUGGGAGAGAUGGAGGAGAGGAAGAUGAACGCCGGCAUGGAGAAGCGGAAACUGGAGCACCAGGUGAAGACGAGGGAGGCGGAGCAGCAGAGGGGCGUGAAGGACGUGGAGCGCAUGGAGAGGCAGCACGCGUGGAUCGCCACGGAGCGCGCGCUGUUUGGGCGCGCCGGCACGGACUACGACUUCAACUCUCGGGACCCUGUGGCUGCCCGGCAGCUGCUGGCGGAGAAGCAGUCCCAACAGAGCAGUGUGGAGAAGCGAAUCAACAAGAAGGUGAUUGCCAUGUUUGACAAGACGGAGCAGGAGUACAAGGACCUGACCGCCAAGAAGGACAUCGUGCUCAGGGACAAGGCAAAGAUCGAGGAGGCGAUAGAGCAGCUGGAUGAGAAGAAGAAGCAGCAGCUGAAAGUCACGUGGGAGAAAGUCACCAAGGAUUUCGGGUCCAUAUUCUCCACGCUGCUGCCCGGCACGACGGCCAAGCUGGACCCCCCAGAGGGGCAGGACUUCCUGGCGGGGUUGGAGGUGAAGGUGGCGUUCGGCGGCGUGUGGAAGCACUCCCUCUCCGAGCUCUCUGGCGGCCAGCGCUCCCUGCUCGCCCUCUCCCUCAUCCUCGCCCUCCUGCUCUUCAAACCCGCUCCGCUCUACAUUCUGGACGAGGUGGAUGCAGCGUUGGAUCUCAACCACACGCAGAACAUUGGCCACAUGAUCAAGCAGCACUUCCCGCAUUCCCAGUUCAUAGUGGUGUCACUAAAAGAGGGCAUGUUCAACAACGCAAAUGUCAUUUUCCGCACCAAGUUCAUCGACGGCGUGUCAACUGUCACGCGCACCGUGCCGUCCCUCCCCUCAUCUGCUGCCGGGCUCAGCAGAGCUGCUCCCGGUGCUGCCAAUGGCGGCAGGUCGAGGGGUGCUGCUGCCAGUGUGGCGACGGGGAAGAGCGCUGCAGGGUCGAUGAGGUCAAGGCAAGAGGAUGCUGAGAACAUUGAGCCAAGUGAAGUCCUCUAG